AAUAAUGAGCAAAAUAGAACAAUAUAGUUCAUUAAAGUGAAACAAUUAUGUUCAACAUGUAUCCACAUACCACAUAGCAUAGCAGAAGCCAUAUUUAUAUUUUUAGAUAUAGCUGCACUUUCUGCCCAAUCCAACAACUCUUAAUUGUAACUUACCCUUCUAAUCUAAUUGAACUGUUAUCAUAAGUUUCUUUUAUUUGAACUCUCUUGAAUCUCAAAUCGGAUCUAACUAUUACUUCGCGUAACACAGUGAAUGAGCCGAGGCAAGGAAGCAUACACAUGCUGACUCAAUUGAUAAACACGAACAAUUUUCCAUCAGAAAGUUAUGCGUUCUAUUCCACGUGUCGUCGAUGUGAGAGCAUCGUGAGCCAUCUGUAAGUACUUUGAUAAGCAACCUGCGGUCGCGGAGGCAUGCCACGUGGUGACCGAAGCCAAACUAACGGAAGAUAAUGUAAAAAGACCAAAUUGUCCAAAGUUUCAAUUUGUUGCUCAUAAAUUCACUGCUACUUCUGGUUUCUACCUCACUUUUCUGUGAAAAACCCUAGCCUUCAACCCUAUCAGCUCUAUCCACCGGCGAAGAAUGAACCGCCACCGAAGGAGAACCGAGAUCCCCACCAUCACUCUCCCUCACGAUUUGAUCGUUCAAAUCCUGCUGAGAUUACCAGUUCGAUCUCUGAUCCGUUUCAAAUCCGUCUGCAAAUCAUGGCUCUCUCUGGUUUCCGAUCCCCAAUUCGGUGAAUCCCAUUUUGACCUAGCUGCUUCUCCAACCCACCGAUGCCUCACAGAAGGUUACGCUUGUGACAUUAAAUCCAUAGAUGUAGAUGCACCAUCACUUCACAAUGAUUCUGCUGUAGUAAACCUCGAAUAUCCGCGUGCAUCACCCCGUCUUCCGUGGAACCCUGUUGAGUUCUUAGGUUCUUGUAGAGGGUUUAUACUUGUAGCUUAUCAAUGUGGUGAAGCUUUUCUGUGGAAUCCAUCAACUGGUGUCCAUAAAAAAUUUGAAGUCAUUGAAGAGUUGUACUAUAAUGUACAUGGUUUUGGGUAUGAUUCAUCAAGGGAUGACUAUUUGGUUGUUCAUUUAGAAUUGAUUGAUUUGGAACACUAUCUCAAGGAUGAUCAGCGCGCUAUAGUUGAUCAUCCUACUCGCAUUUCGAUUUUUUCCUCGAAAAAAAAUGCCUGGUCUUGCCCUGAGGUUGCUAGUGAUGUUCAAUAUGUGGAAUUGGAUUCGGAUCGUGUUGAAUGCCUAGCCGGGUGCUUGUUGAACGAGGCGCUGCAUUGGUUGGUUAUCUCUUACGAAACCAAACUUCAUGUGAUUAUUGUCUUUGAUUUGGUUGAAAGGAGUUUGUCGGAGAUUUCAUUGCCGCAAGUUUUAGCCGGGGAAUUAGAACAUAAAGAAUAUUGUUUGAGGGUCAUGAGGGAAUGUCUCUGCCUAUGUUACCCAGGUAGCAUGACUUCAAUGGCUGAGAUUUGGAUGAUGAAAACAUAUGAAGUGCAGUCAUCUUGGACUAAGUUAUUUGCUUUUUCGACUUGUAACAUUCCCUACAAUGUCUUUUAUCCAAUAUGUUUCACCAAACAUGGAAGAAUUUUUGGAUCAAAUGGCUAUGGGAGAUUAAUGAUACUUGAUGACAAAGGAUGGCUGCAUGAUCUGAGUGCAGCUCGCCCUGAACCCGAUAAAUAUGAAUAUAUUCCAAUUCAUUGUGGUGCGUUUAGAAGGGAAUUAAUGCAUUGUGGUAUGUAUAGAGAGAGUUUACUAUCACUCCCUAAUGACUUUGAGGAAGAAGGUGUUGACUCUGAGGAAGCAAGAGAAGACGAGCAGCUGACGAGUUUCUUUGAGGAAGGAAGUGAUGAUGACCAGCUGUUGAGUUCCUUGUUGAAGUCAAGUGAAGAUGACAAAUAGUAACUGCCAAUAAGAAUUAGUGUAUCAGGCCAUGAAGGGUGCAAAAAUGCUCUACACAGUUAUGCUUGAUGUCUUGGCUUGCCUUCAAAUGAUGAUAUUGCAAGAAGAGAGCUAUCAUUUGGAAGAGAAUGUUACUUAUACAAUGUUAAGUCAUCUCGCUUCAGUAGUGUUUUCUUAGUCGUGGUUUCAGUAAGUUGGAGUCGAUACAGUCUUUCGAAUUAUAUUUUAAAGUAUGAGUUAGGAAAUCCUAGCAGGAGUUAGUACAUGCUAUUUAGCAACUUUAUUUUUUUCCCUUUUAAUAUUGUUAUUGUAGUUGCAGUUCGUUCCUCUUAUUGUCGUUAAUAUGGUUUUCAGGUUUGAUCUCUUCUUAUCUGUACUGUAAUUAAGUACCUCUUCUACUGAAAUAAUUCCUGACUUUUGUAAGAUAUUUGCUGUUACUCAUUUUGACUUGGAAGUUAUGGUGAUAUUGUCAAUCUUAAUCA